GUACUGCCGUGUUCGGAGCCAAAAUGACGCGAGUUGUCUUGCUGUAGGCUCGCUGGCGGCGCUCCCAUGCUCAGGGAGGCAUGGGGAAGAAGCAUCAGGCCGCAUCCAAGAAGUCCAAGCACGCCGAAAAGGGGGCCGCGGCAGCGGCGGGCAGCAGCGGGGAUGCCAAAGAGGAGCGGCAGAAGGGCGGCAAGCAGCAGCGGCGGCGCAACAAGGAGCACCGCUGGGCGGUUGACGACUUGGAGCGCGAGCUGGCGGCUGUGGGCCUGCGCAUCAAGAGCAUCGAGCCCGACGGCAACUGCUUCUUCCGGGCCGUGCUGGACCAAACAGAGGGCGAGGGCGGGGACCACCUGGGGCUGCGGCGGCGGGUCAUGGACCACAUCGAGCAGCAGCAGGAGCACUACCGGCUGUUCAUCGAGGACGAUGAGCCCUUUGAGCGAUACGUCAGCCGCAUGCGCAAGGAGGGUGUGUGGGCCGGCAACCUGGAGCUGGUGGCCGCAUCCACGCUGCUGCAGCGCAACAUCAACGUCUACCAGGCUGGGCAGCCGGUGUGGCACAUCAAGUUUGCAGCGGAUGCGCCUGUGCUUCACCUGAGCUACCAUGACGGUAUGCACUACAACAGCGUGAGGAAUGCGGGCGACUAUGGCAGCGGCCCGCCCCAGCCGCUUCGCCUGGGCGGCGGCGGCAGCGGUGCGGCCGGCCCUGCAGCGGUGGCGCAGGCAGGCCGUUCCUUUGGCAGCGC